AAAUAUGAUUAAACACGAAGAAUUGAAAAAGAACAUUACCGAAGCUGAAAACAAAUUAUGUAUAAACUAGAAAUCAAGACAGAAAUAAAGAACUUUAAUGAUCCCGCAGCCAAAAUCAAUAAAGACCUUUUUCAAUAACUUUUUAAGUAAAUUUGCUGAAUACAAAGCCGAUCUAGAAAAGUUUGCUUCUACAAGAAGUGAUGGUGAUAUGUAUAAUGGAAAUACUUUUUUUUGUUUUCAUAACCAAAUAUAUUAAACGACAUAUUAUUCCGAAUUUCUAUUUUGGGUACUUGAUUUAUUGUGACAGGGAAUUUUAUUUCAGUAUAAUCUAAUUCACCUACAUGUCCUCUAUAAUUACUACCCCUUUCAGGAUGUGUAGUUACAGGAAAUUUAUAAGCUAAAUGACACUAUCUAAAACAUACAUUAGCCUUAUUGAAUUGCUGAGUCGUAUGAACCAUGAUGAGAUUACAGAUGAAGUUCAAAAAGAUGUUUUAAUAAGGAUGUAUGCUGCCUUAAAAGUAGAAUCUCUGGGAAGAGAACAAGACCAUAAAAUUAACGACUUUCACAGAGUAUCUCAGUCAUGCAGAACAUUGGCUAGAGUUGUCAUUAAAUGCCGGGAAAAAAGUGAACACAUUAUUGAUAUGGAUAAGCUAAUAGUUGCACGUAACUUUGACUUACUUGUAAGUACAGCAAAGUCAAUGUGUCUGAAUGAUGCCAAAGCUGCUCCAUCCUUAGGAAAAUUAAUAGGAAACAACAUUUCUCACAUAAUCCAAGUCAAAAAGGGAUUUGCGUUAAGAGAAGGUAAUAACACAAAGCUCGAAGAAGCUGAAAACUUCCAGAGACUUUUUACCCUGGAAUGGACUUACCGUGUGAAUUCUGUUUGUCAAAAAAUGACCAAUACCAUCAACCGACAAAAAGUAAAAACAAUCCCUUUGACGGAAGAUUUGCUGACACUAAAAUCCUACAUCUCAGAAUCAAUGGUAAAUGCAGCAGAUGCGUUAAUGAAGAUCCCAACUGCAGCAGUUUGGACGAGAUUAGCCAAGCUGACAUUGUGUCGUUUGAUCCUUUUUAAUAAAAGAAGAAGAGCUGAGGUAAAAGAUCUUAAAUUAGAAGACUUUCAAAGUCGUCCAGACUGGCAGCAUGAACAGAGAGGGGAGUUUGAGAUGGCAUUGUCCACUUCAGAUAGGAUAAUGGCUAAGAGAAUGGAUAUGGUGCUCAGUGCUGGGAAGUCCAGGAAAAAUGUGGAUGCUUAUGUUUUAUUGCCACCAGAUGCAAAAAAAGCCAUAGAACUACUUAAUUCAACCAGGAUGAUUGUGGGCAUUUCAGGUACCAACCCAUUUUUGUUUGCCAGAGUUAAUAGUGACACACCCCUGUCAGGAAACGAAGAUUUGAAAGAGAUUCUUGAUCUUUGUCCAGGGUUGAUUCACCCAAAGCGUAUAACAUCAACAGGACUUCGACGAUACAUAGCUACUGUUUCACAGAUCUUCGAUUGGUCAGAGAGUGAACUUGAUGACCUUGCACGACAUCUCCUUUCUCACGCUACUAAGGAGCUGACAGUUGUGUCUCAACUUCUCACGGCGGUAGACAAUGGCUGUGUGAACAAAUGGAAAGGCAAACAGUUAUAAGAAAUCUCUACAGAAGGUAUAUAAACAAUGGAAGAUGUCAUGUUUCAGAAAACAUGUAUGAUAUUUAGCCAGUUAUUAGACAAGAACAAUUCUGACAGUGAUGAGGACAGUGGUAAGUGCUUCUUAGUUUGAAUAUUCUGACCAUUUUAAUCAGUGUUUUACCAACAUGUUUCUAACCAUUGCA